AUGGUUUGUCCAUUCAAUGCAAUCUUUGCCGCUGGUUUAGUUGCCUUAGCCAGGGCUGACUCGCUAUUUAUAAAACCUCACAUCUUAUACGGGUCUUCUGUUGGGGUUUUAGGCUGCAAAAUCAACCACAAUCGUGUAGCGCACUGGCCGAGUGAGGUUGACUGCAAUACGAUUUGUGUUGAAGUUUCGCAUGGUGGCCGGAGCCUCCACCUUUUGAAGGUUGACAAGUCUCGGGCAUCUUAUGAUAUAAGUUACGAUGCGUGGAACUAUUUGGUGACAGGGAAGUCUGCUCUAGAAGCACCGGCUACUGGGGGUGGGGUCCUGAUGGAUUAUAAGUUUGUGGAAGCGGAGGAGUGCGCUCAUCUUCUCUCGCAUGGUAAGCUACCAUUGUCUGCAUCAAACAGCAUGGACUAUUUAGAGAAAUGUUUAUCUCAGCCAGAUAGUUGGGUGUCACAAAACUACCAACUCUAUAAUAUCCUUCAGGGAAACGAUUGUUCGCAGGGAUACGAUGAAACCUGCAUUUUAGAUCUGUCUCUCGGCUAUAACCCAGUGUGCCCGCAUAUCCUUGGGUUUCCCGCUAUUCUGAAGGGUCACGCUGUAGUGAACAUUCCGUAUCCCACCAGGCAAUAG